AAUCAAAAUCUCUCCCCGCGCGGAAUAAAGGUUCAUUACUGCGCCACCGCAAAACCCUGUAUAAACCCGAAGCCAAACCCUCAUGGUUAUUAUUCUCUUCUUCUCUAUCUGGAACCCUAGCUCAAAAUUACAAUACCCACUCACUGCAAGUUAUGUGCCCAUUAAUGGAGAUUGCAUUUUUUGUAAACCCUAGGUGAAGACCCAGUUGCCAUUUUCCUUGGUAAUUCUCUGAGGAUCUUUGCUGCCAUUUUAUGGCGGCUCCAGCUGUUUCCGCUCGGCCAUUUGCUGGCAUGGAGGUGCCUCUUCUCGGAAGCGAUUCAAUUCAAUGGAGUCAAGUUACAGUGCCUUCUUCUCUCUCGCCAUCACCUCAAACUGUGGCCCCGAUUACUGAGAAUAUUGCAGGCUGCCAUGUUAUUGGUGAUUCCUCUCGCUAUAUUAUCUGGCGAAUUCACAAAAAUGUUCCAAAUACCAUUGAAUUGGUGGAAUUAUCACCCAACAGAGAAUUUCCAAAGGGUGGACUGCGUCUCAUAUUCAAGGACUCACUUUGUCCAUUUGCCUAUAUAUGCAGACAUGAGGUGCAAAAUACAUCAGGGAUAUCCUAUGUGCUUUAUGCUUUGACGGUCUCUGGAGUUGCCUAUCUUUUCAAACUUCGAAGCCCUUCAACUUAUGUAUCAGGUUCUAUCUUUCCUGAAGCUGAUAUGAUAGAAUUUGAUAUACAACGUCAUCCUUUGCACCCUGAGAAAAUAACUGCAGUAUCUGCGACACUGGGCCUCCUAACGAUUGGGGGACAAGAUGGUUCAGUUUUUUGUUGCCAACUUGGUGUAUUUGAUGAGAGUUCCCCAGGUUUUUUGUUUGAGUUGCGAGAAGAGGUAGGAAUUACUCGUCUUUGGGGGCAUUUGGGCAGGGGCAGGAGAGCUGGACCUGUCCAGAGUCAAGUGGUUGCUGAUAUAUACGGUAGAAACUUAUUAUUUGUACUCCACACAGAUGGGAGUUUGCGAGUAUGGGACCUGAUUGAUCGUGUAAAGCUUUUAAGUCAUAAUUUAAGCUUAGUGGAGUUAGAAGGAUUUACCCCAUUGCGGCUAGAAGUUGGUAAUGUGAGCCAUGAUGCAGAUACCAUGGCUUUAGUUGUGCAGUAUGGAAGUUUAUCGGGACCAGAAUCAGAUAAAGUUGUCAUUUAUGGCUUUGAUAUUAGUUUUGGGGACAAGAUCACUCUAUCACCACAGUCUUCAGUACAGCAUGUCUACUUGGAGGGGAAGCUUGUUGAUAUGAAACUAUGUCAUAGCAAACUCUGGGUACUGAAAGAAUACAACUCAAUGUUGUAUAGUUUGUUUCAUACUGAUCUUGACAGGGGAAGUGCAUGCAACUAUUGCUUGCAAGAAGCUGUUGUUGCUGAUCAACUAUUUCAGAGCUCUGAUUGUGCUGCAGAUGAUCUUUUAUGCAUUGGUUAUGCAAUUUCAUCGCUAAUGAAGGGUUCUGUUUCGCAGUUUCUAUCAUCCACUUUUGUUCGCAGGCUACUACUACUGGGUGUUCAUCAGCAUAGUUCUUUGUGUGCAUCUCUUCGGAAUCACAUCAGUCAUCUUACUGACAGCAACUUCCAGUAUCUUACUGUUGAAGGUUUAGAAAAGGAAAUGUAUUCUGCCAUCCAGAAUGAGGGAGUUGCAGAAAGUCCGUUGUCGGUGAUGCAUAAUUGGAAAACUUUUUGCAGUCAGUAUUUCCAGUUUUGGUGUCAGGAGAGUGUACCAUAUGGUAUUCUUGUUGAUCCUUUGACAGGAGGGACUGGAUUGGUUAGGAGAAACUCAAUUUCAUGGUUUCGUUAUCUUGAAGAUAUCGAAUCAUUUCUAUUUGGACCCUUCAGCGAUGCUGGGGAUUUUGUGAAUUCGGGCUUAGUACUACUGGAUGAUGACCUCGAUUCUGAAAUUCUUUGUGAAAUAUUGAGAUGCAUUAAUAGUAUCAAUCACCAAUUAGGUAAAGCUGCAAGAGCUGCAUUAUAUGAAUCACUUGUGAACCCAGAUCUUGUAAUAUUUGAUGAUGUUAUCCCACGCUUUGUGAAGAUACUGGAAUCAGGAUAUGAUUCAUUUGUACGUACCAAUUAUGCAUCUCAUUAUGAAGGCGAUACCGCUCAUGCCAUGGAACACAUGGAUCAUAAAAAUCAGAGGAUGUUUGCUAUUGACAUGCUGCUUUCUCUACAGACAUUGUGUAAUAAAGCUGGUGGCUGGGGUAGAAUUUUGAAUGUCAUUGAAAAUUAUCUGAACUACCUCAUUUGGGAGAGAUCCGAGGUUGGACAAAGUUCUGAUGCGAAAUCUUUGUAUAACAUGCAUAGUGAAUUUUUGGUGUAUGCUACUUCUCAAGUUGCGAAAGUACUGCUUGAAGCUUCCUGUGAUCUACUUCUGUUACUAAAUUAUGUCGUGACCAUCAGAGGACAGCUUGGUCUAAUGGAUGAAGAAAAUUUCAAAAUAAAAGUUCAGUUGAUCCCUGUGGUCCAUGAUAUUAUUAAACAGUGGUUUGUUGUUCAUAUGAUGGGUACAACACCAUCUGAAUGCCCAGUUCUGGAGGAUUUCAGUUCGCAAUUAUCAUCAUUACAUAUUGAUAACAAAAAUGUGAAAAGAUCAUGGGACGGAAAGUUUGGUACACUUGAUCUUACAUUGGCUUCUAUACUUUUACUUGAGUAUCCUAUAACUUCGGAAGAGCGUGUCGUCCUCCUUUCAGGCUCAUUUCCUGAACCAAACUCCUUUCGUAAUUUAGUGCGGAACUUCAGUGGCUGGAUUGUCCUUGGCAAGAGCCGGGAUAAGUCUCUAGCCUUUUACAACCAUGCAAUUCCGCUUGCAGGUGUCCUACUUCAGCACGGCCAGUAUGCUGCAAUUGAGAAGCUGUUCAUAACCAUUGAUAAGCAUUUGCUUACUAAAAAAAUAUCACAAAGCAUUCCAAGUUUCGAUGAUGAAUGGUCUGCGAGCCUUCAUCUUCUGGGUUUCUGCUUGCUUGUGCGUGCACAAUGCGGACUGCAUGGGGUCCACAAAGAAAGGAAAGUUUGCGAAGCUAUUCGCUGUUUCUUUAGGGCUGCAUCUGGACAAGGAGUUUCUCAAGCUCUGCAAAAUAUACCAUUUCAGACAAGCUUACCUUUUCCUGGUUCUGCCCCGGAGGCUGCAUGGAAGCUUCAUUAUUAUGAGUGGGUGAUGCAGAUCUUUGAGCAGUAUCGUCUAAGCCAUGGUGCUUGCCAAUUUGCUCUUGCUGCACUUGAGCAGGUUGAUGAAGUUGUGGGGUUAGAAGGCGAAACUCAUAUCACCUCUCCUCUUCCUGAAUCUGCAAGUUCAAUUAAAGGGCGGCUAUGGGCUAAUGUUUUCAAAUUCACUUUGGAUCUAAAUCAAUUUUUUGACGCAUAUUGUGCAAUCAUAUCAAAUCCUGACGAAGAGAGCAAAUAUGUCUGCUUGCGGCGUUUUAUAAUUGUUCUAUGUGAGCACGGUGCAACUAAGGUACUUUGUGAUGGUGAACUUCCAUUUGUUGGUCUAAUAGAAAAGGUCGAACAGGAAUUAGUUUGGAAGGCUGAGCGCUCAGAUAUAAGAGUCAAACCAAAUCCAUACAAGCUGCUUUAUGGUAUUCAAAUGUAUCAGCACAACUGGCGAAAAGCUUCUGCUUACAUGUAUAGAUAUUGUGUGCGUUUGGCUAAAGAAGUAACAUCAAUGGAAUACUCACAGCUUUCCUUAGCAUUACAAGAGAGACUCCAUGCAUUAACUGCUGCAAUUAACGCUCUGCAUCUUGUUCGUCCUGCUUAUGCCUGGAUUGAAUCACUUCAGGAAAGCUACUCUUUUCCUGAUCAACAGUCUCCUUCAAAAAGGCUUAAAUCUUUAAGUGAGGACGUUGUGAAUAGUAACGAUGAACAAGCACCAAAGCAGCAACAUCAUGUAGAUAUUGAGAAGCUUGAAAAGGAAUAUGUACUAACUUCAGCAGAACUUCUACUUACACAAGCAAACCUCAAACUUACAUCUCGAGGGAGCUUCACCUUUCUAGCUGAUACAGUGGAUCAGUUAGUGGAGGCUAAUUUAUAUGAUACGGCAUUUACAGUUAUUCUCAAGUUCUGGAAGGGCUCAGACCUGAAGAGAGAACUGGAAAGAGCUUUUGUAGUUAUUUCGCAGAAGUGUUGUCUGAAUAGGUUUGGAACUUCAGCUGCAGGGACUAUUGGACACCCAAAUUACCUUCUCUUGUCAUCAUCAGAUGACCAGCGAAAGUUGCCAGGUUUUUCUGGUGUAAAGGCUACAACAAUCCAGUUCAAGGCAAAUAACCAGUGGCAAACUCUUGAACAUUACCUUGAAAUAUACAAGAAAUUGCAUCCAAGGUUACCAGUAACAGUUGUUGAAACUCUUUUGUAUACUGAUCCUUACAUUGAACUGCCUCUCUGGCUUGUAGACAUGUUUAAGGGUGGAAGAAGGGCAAUGCCGUGGGGAAUGACUGGACAAGAAUCUGAUCCUGCAUGUCUCUUCCGACUAUAUGUUGAUUAUGGCAGAUACACAGAAGCGACUAAUCUCUUGCUUGAGUACAUUGAAGCUUUCGCCGCGAUGAGACCUGUUGAUAUUGUGAGGCGUAAAAAGAUGUGUGCUGUGUGGUUCCCAUACACAUCAAUUGAGCGCCUUUGGAGCCAGCUUUCAGAGAUGAGAAGCUCAGGCCUCAUGGUUGAUCAGUGCGACAAACUUCAGAAGCUACUGCAUGGAACUCUUCUAAACCACUUGAAACAGGUAAAGGUGGACUCUGAUGAUGCAAUUUCAGCAGGAUAGACAUAAAACUGUACUGAGAAAUCAUGGGGUCAUGUGCCUCGUGGAGACUCAUUCAGUCAUCGGGUGUUUGUUUCCUGUGCGCACCAGGUGACACAUGCUUUGCUUUCACAUAUCAAAUUUUAGUUGUAGAUUUGGAUGGAUGGUCCACAUGAACAUAGCAUGUGACGUAUUUCUCCUAUGUUUUGAAUUCUAGUUUGGGCAAAAUAUUAUAUGAAAGAAAUUGAUGGAUCUGUGCUGAUUGAAAAUGAAAUCCACCUUGAGGAUUGAAAGCAAAAACAAAACAUAA